AUGGAGGAGGAGACACACACCCCUGUUUUCAGUGUCACAAAGGAGAAGUCCAGUAAAGUGUCAGAUCUCAUCAAUCGUUUUGAGGGAGGCAGCCCAUUAAAUACUUGUGAUUUGAAGAAAGAUUCCUCUGCUCUCCACUUUUCUAAAUCUCAAGGAAGAUAUGGGUCAACACCACCACCUCAGCCAAAACUCCCCUCCCAGCACCCACUACAAAAACAGGGAAACGGUAAUACCAGCAAAACUCAGGUUGCACAGCCACACACAGCUAACGGAGUAGUAGCACAAGACCAGACAGAAGAUGAGGAUAUGAGAUUACAAGAUUGUGGUUCUGCUAAGUCCACCCCGAUUGUAGAUAACGCCGUUGACAGCAGCUUCACAAAUGGGGAAAGAGAAAGUACUUCCCAAGAGUCAUUGCAAAGUAUGGCUGCCUCUGAAGGACAGGCGCUUGACAGCAGCCACAGGACUCCAAGCAGUGAUACACUGCUCCCAUCUGAAAAUGAAACUCUAGAAAUUACUACUAACACGAAGGAAGAACCAACAGAGGAAAUCAGUAAGCAAGAUCAACCUGUGGAAACAAAGGAGACAGAUGAGCAGAAACGUCACAAAAUUGCCAGUGAACUUCUUCAAACAGAAAAAGCUUAUGUUAGCCGACUUGACCUUCUAGAUGGGGUAUUCUAUUCCAGACUCCUUGAGGAAGCCAACAGAGGUUCAUUUCCAGCUGAAGUGAUUAACAAAAUCUUUUCUAACAUUUCAUCGAUAAAUGCCUUCCACAGUAAAUUCUUACUUCCAGAACUGGAGAAGAGAAUGCAAGAAUGGACAACCACCCCAAGAAUUGGAGAUAUUCUGCAGAAGUUAGCUCCUUUCCUAAAGAUGUAUGGAGAGUAUGUGAAGAAUUUUGAUAACGCAAUGGAACUGGUGAAAACGUGGACUGAACGGUCACCUCAAUUCAAAUUCAUUGUUCAAGACAUUCAGAAGGAAAAAGUGUGUGGAAAUUUGACAUUGCAACAUCACAUGCUAGAACCAGUACAACGCAUUCCACGCUACGAGAUGCUUCUAAAGGACUACCUAAGGAAAUUGCCUCAGGAUUCCCUAGACUGGAAAGAUGCUGAAAAAUCCCUGGAAAUUAUAUCUACUGCAGCAAGCCACUCUAAUAGCGCAAUAAGAAAAAUGGAAAACCUAAAGAAAUUGUUAGAGAUAUAUGAGAUGCUGGGAGAAGAGGAAGACAUUGUGAACCCUUCAAAUGAACUGAUAAAAGAAGGACAGAUCCUCAAGCUUGCUGCUCGCAACACGUCUGCUCAAGAGCGUUACCUUUUCCUGUUUAACAAUAUGUUGCUGUACUGCGUCCCCAAAUUCAGCCUGGUAGGAUCAAAGUUCUCAGUUCGAACCAGAGUUGGUAUAGAUGGUAUGAAGAUCAUAGAAACUCAUAAUGAAGAAUAUCCACACACUUUUCAAGUGUCUGGAAAGGAGCGAACGCUGGAAUUGCAAGCCAGUUCUGAACAAGAUAAGGAAGAAUGGAUAAAGGCGCUUCAGAAUACUAUAGAAGCUUUUCAGCAAAGGAAUGAAACUUUCAGAAAUGCUAUUGCUAAAGAAUACGAAGACAUGCCUGUUGAGGUUUCUAACGCUGAGCUUGGGAAGAGAGCACCGAGGUGGAUACGAGACAAUGAAGUAACCAUGUGCAUGAAAUGCAAAGAGCCCUUUAAUGCACUGACAAGGAGAAGGCACCACUGCCGAGCGUGUGGACACGUGGUUUGCUGGAAAUGUUCUGACUACAAAGCACAUCUUGAAUAUGAUGGCAAUAAAUUGAACAAAGUCUGUAAGGACUGCUAUUAUGUUAUAAUUGGUUGUACAGAUAGUGAAGAAAAGAAGAAGAAAGGCAUCUUGGAGGUAUGUAAUUUAAAAAUACUAGAUAUGCAUAGUUGCAAAUGGUUUCUGCUCACCA